AUGGGCUUCUCGAAGGGCAGGCGCCAGCACCGCCGCCAGCCUUCUUGGCUGCGGAUUGCCACCACGAGCAACAGCCCGUACCUGGGUGGUCCGAGCGAACAGUCGCCCUGGUCGUCGACGCAGUACACAUUCGCUGCCGCUGAAGCGAGCGCCUUUGAGGACAUGGCGUCGCCCAGCACGAUCGAUGAGAUUGGCUACGCGAAGAAGAAUGACUCUUGGAUUGAGGAAGGCCCAGCAAAUACGGUGAAAUCCGACCCCACAUUUGCUACUUCGGGACUGGACAAAUAUUAUCGGCCUGUGGACGGCUACGAGGGCAUGCAUCGGUACGAUCCGGACUUUGAGUGGGAGCCCGAAGAGGAAAGGCGGGUCGUGCGAAAGAUCGAUAAACGAAUCUGCGCGUGGGUGUGUGUCAUGUUUUUCGCCCUGCAACUGGACCGAGGGAACAUUGCCCAAGCUCUCUCAGACAACAUGCUCGACGAUCUGGGCCUGUCGACCAACGACUACAACUACGGCCAAACCAUCUUUUAUGUCAGCUUUCUCCUCGCAGAGCUGCCCUCUCAGCUCGUCUCCAAAUGGAUGGGCCCAGACAAUUGGAUUCCCAUCCAGAUGGUCUCUUGGAGCUUCAUAGCCAGCAUGCAAGCCUUCAUCACCGGCCGCAAAUCAUUUUUCCUCACGCGUUGUCUCCUCGGCGCUCUCGAAGGCGGCUUCAUUCCCGAGCAAGUCCUCUAUCUCAGCUACUGGUACACCAGCUCCGAGAUGCCAACCCGCCUCUCCUGGUUCUGGGUGUCCUCCAAAGCCACCGACAUCUCCUCCGCCUUCAUCGCCUACGUACUGCUCCGCCUGCGCGGCUUCUUCGGCGUCGCCGGCUGGCAGUGGCUCUUCUUCCUCGAAGGCCUGCUCACCGGCGCUAUCGGCGUCUUCUCGUGGUACUACCUGCCGUCCGGGCCGACGCAGACGGCGAGCGCCUUCCGCGGCGAGGACGGCUGGUUCACGGCGCGGCAGGAGAAGAUCAUGGUCAACCGGGUGCUGCGCGACGACCCGUCCAAGGGCGACAUGCACAACCGGCAGCCCAUCACGCCGGCCAUGCUGUGGGAGUGCCUGGCCGACUGGCACAUGUGGCCGCUGUACCUGCUGGGCCUGACGGCUUUCGUGCCCCAGUACCCCAUGACGGCGUACCUGACGCUGCAGCUGCGGAGCAUCGGCUUCGACACGUUCGACACAAAUCUGCUCGUCGUGCCGCCCAUGUGCCUGUACGUCAUCCAGCUGCUCUUUUGGACUUGGCUCUCUGAAAAGAUCAACGAACGCUUCUUGCUGGCGACAGUGGGCCAGCUGUGGAGCUUCCCGCUUCUUCUUGGUUUGAUUGCGCUGCCGCUGGCUGCGCCGGCGGGGCUACGGUAUAUGCUCAUCGCGCUUCUGGUCGGAUUCCCUUAUGUACAUGCGAUCUUGGUGGCUAUAACAAGCCGAAAUGCGGGCACAGUCAGAACGCGGACCGUGGCAUCGGCACUGUAUAACAUGUGCGUUCAAGCGGACAAUAUCAUCGGAUCGAACAUUUACCGCGAUGAUGACAAGCCUCUGUACCUCCAUGGUAACAAGGUCCUGAUAUUCUUCUGCAUCUUCAAUGUCCUACUCUUCGUAGGCACAAAAUUCUUCUACGUGACAAUUAACCGUCGUCGUGAAGCGAAGUGGAAUGCCAUGAGCCACGACGAAAAAGAGAUAUAUCUUGCCACCACUCGAGAUAAGGGAAACAAGCGCUUGGAUUUCCGUUUCGCGCAUUGA